AAAAAAACAACACCCAAAAUGUCCGACAUCAAGGAAUUCACCCUCGCCGAAGUCACCGGCCACAACACCAAGAAGGACCUGUACAUGGUCAUCCACGACAAGGUCUACGACUGCUCCUCCUUCGUUGACGAGCACCCCGGAGGUGAAGAAGUCCUCCUCGACGUCGCCGGCCAAGACGGCACCGAAGCCUUCGAGGACGUCGGCCACAGCGACGAAGCCCGGGAGAUUCUGGACGGUCUCUUCGUCGGGAACGUGAAGCGCAUGCCCGGUGACCCCGCCCCCCGCUCGCACGCCAACCCCUCCGCCGCCUCGGGCUCCUCCUCCGGCGACGCCGCCGGUCUGGGCGUCGGCCUGUACGCCUUCCUCGUCGUCGGCGGACUGAUCGCCUACGGCGCCUACCAAUAUCUGCAGAAGGCGUCGCUUGCGUCGGAGCAGUAGACUUUUUGCGUUCUUGUUUGCGGGACUUUUUUUUUUUUUAUGUGUUGGGCUUUUACUUGCUGGUCUGUUAUUCAAUGUGUGUGCGAAAAAUCCAUACCGUAUAUUCUUAAUUCCUUUGUCUGCGGCAUAUCACGUCGUUGAAAGAAGAUUCCCUACCUUUUUUUUUUUUGCUGGUCUUUUUUUGUUUGUGCCGGUUUUGCUAUUAGAUGGGUGAUGAGGGUUGGUUUGGGAGGAUCCAGGGUUGUGGAAAUGCAUGUGGAAGGGAAUGCGGAUGUAUGCUCUGGUUUGAGAGAGAUCGAAAGGGUGCAAGGAGAAGCUCGGGUUGGGAGGUGAAAGGGAAGAGGUAAGGCGCUUGAUUUCUAUACCAUGUCCUGUUCCAUAGGGGCCGUGUGCAAUCUCAGAUAUACUGUCUAUCUUGGUAAACUUUAGGGGUGAUCCCCAAAAUCACGAGUCAGAAGGCACUAUCCCCCCGUUA